ACCAACCAACCAAAAAAGCCACCCCUGAGACUUUUAUUUUGAAGGGAGAGAGCGGAUGUGCCCUGACUCUACUGUGACUCGGUGCGUCGGUCCCGUCUCUUCCUCCGAUCAGAGACUGCUCGGAGAGAUUUUCUCUCCGCCUGUCUGCGUUCAAUCACGGCGUCUCUGCUGCUCACCGAAGCUGGGAAUAGUCUCACUGUAUCCAUCCGACGUCUGGAGGGCUGGAUCUCCACCGAACAUCGAGCCGUGGAUGGUUUUGUCUCCGGGCGGGGGACCUGGAAACCAGGGCCCACAGAGGGAGCAGGGAGGAGGCCCCGACGCCCCCUUGUUCUGACCCAGAAAACAGCACCGACGGCCGGGCUGCCCGUCUACUAGCAGGCCGGCUAGCUUCUGGGCGCACCGGAGCUCGCAAAGGGGGCAGCGAAGGAGUCCGGAUAACGGGAUCGGUCAGGACCUGUUUUUGUUCUUGUUAAUCAGCAGGAAGGAUUUUUUUUUUCUCAAAAUAUUUUGAUUUCGGUGAGCUGGCGGUUAGAUAGCUCCGGGCUGGCUGUUCCAGUUAGCUUCUCUCCCCGGUUACUAUACAGCGGAGGCUCCGGAGCUGGGACGGAGGAGCACAGUCUGCGUACUUUCUCCCAAUUUUACGUGCCUCACGGAAACACCGGUAAUGGCUGCCUUAAUCAAGGAAAUCGUGAGCAGAAAUAAAAGGCGAUACCAGGAGGACGGCUUCGACCUGGACCUGACCUAUAUUUAUCCCAACAUCAUAGCGAUGGGUUUCCCUGCGGAGCGACUGGAGGGAGUUUACAGAAACAACAUCGACGAUGUCGUUCGAUUUUUAGAUUCAAAGCACAAGAAUCACUAUAAGAUCUACAAUCUAUGUGCAGAGCGACAUUACGACACGGCAAAGUUCAACUGUCGAGUCGCUCAGUAUCCGUUCGAGGACCACAACCCCCCCCAGCUGGAGCUGAUAAAGCCGUUCUGUGAGGACCUGGAUCAUUGGCUGAGCGAGGACGAGCAGCACGUCGCAGCCAUCCACUGCAAGGCGGGAAAAGGCCGCACCGGCGUCAUGAUCUGCGCCUACCUGCUGCACCGAGGCAAGUUUCAAGAGGCUCAGGAGGCUCUGGACUUCUACGGAGAGGUCCGCACCCACGACAAGAAGGGUGUGACCAUCCCCAGUCAGCGACGUUAUGUCAUCUACUACAGCUUCCUGCUGAGGAACCAGCUGCAGUACAAACCUGUCGCUCUGCUCUUCCAUAAAAUGCUGUUUGAAACCAUCCCCAUGUUCACUGGAGGCACCUGCAACCCUCAGUUUGUGGUGUACCAGUUGAAGGUGAAGAUUCACACCUCCAACCCCUCCCACACCCGGCGGGAAGACAAACUGAUGCUGUUUGAGUUCCCACAGCCUCUUCCUGUCUGCGGAGACAUCAAGGUGGAGUUCUUCCACAAGCAGAAUAAGGUGAUGAAGAAGGAAAAGAUGUUUCAUUUCUGGGUCAACACGUUCUUCAUCCCGGGGCCGGAAGAGAACCCAGACAAACUAGAGAACGGCAGCGCCGGGACGCUGCGGGAACAGGCCGACAGAACGCACCAGAACCUGGGAAUGAUGACGACCAUGAUGAUGGGAGGAGAAACCAAUGACAGAGACUACCUUGUUCUCACUCUGAUCAAGAACGACCUGGACAAGGCCAACAAAGACAAGGCCAACAGAAACUUCUCCCCGAACUUCAAGGUGAAACUGUUUUUUACCAAGACGGUAGAGGAAGGAGCUAACUGUGACGCAAGCAGCACGUCGGCCUCUGUGACCCCAGACGUCAGCGACAAUGAACCAGAUCACUACCGCUACUCUGAUACGACGGACUCGGACCCGGAGAAUGAGCCGUUUGAAGAGGACCACCACAAUCAGAUCACAAAAGUCUGACACACACACACUGACACACACACACAUUCAGAUACAUACGUGUGUAUGUAUGUAUAUAUACACACAUAUGUAU